GUCCGUCACAGCAGCAGCAGCUGUCUGCCUGUCUGCACAGAUAUGACGUCGACGAGCACCCCAGCGGCCGCCCCGAAGCCGCGCUCCAUCUUGCACAAGACACGCAAGUGCCGGUUCUUCGAAAUCGGCAAGUGCUUCUGGGUGAGACGGACACACAGACAGCCGGGGCGGGAGAGCUGCUGAUGGGCAGUGAGACAGAUGAGCAGCAAAGUCGCGUCGGUUUUGUGUGUGUGAGGGAGUCGGCCCGUCUCGUCUCGCUCAUUUUGAUUGCGCUCUCUGUCUGUCUGUCUGUCUGUCUGUCUGUGUUUGUGUGGUGUGUGUCCGACAGGGUGAUGGGUGCCGUUUUGCGCAUGGCGAGGAUGACGUCCGCCAGAAGCCUGACCUCAAGUACACCAAGAUGUGCCAGCAGUUCAUGUGAGUCACUGAGCCGAGAGACCUCCACAAACCAACCGAGAGAGACACACACGACAGACACCAAUCGACAAAAGACGUUGCUGCUGUGUUUUUUGUGUUGUGCAGCCGUGGUGAGUGCACCAACCUCGACUGCAUCUUUGCACACAGGUACCACACACACACACACACAUACACACACACAUUGCCAGACAGGCAAUGGCGACACAGACCGACAUGAUGGUUGUUUGCCUGUCUGUCUGUGUGUCUGAUUGUUUGCUUGCGCUGUUCGUUCAGUGACCAGGAGCUCCGCAGUCCCCCCGACCCUUCCCGCGUUAUCAAGCGCGACCCGGCCGCCCUCACACAGACGACCGUCAGACGCAAGGGAGGACCGCCACGAGACAACAACAAGACGAUCCUCACCCACACAUCGACACCCACUUCGACGACUGUAGCACCCACACCCAUCGCCCCAUCCACCACCACCACCACCAUCAAGACCACCCCCCUCCCGCCCUCACUGGCCCCCCUCCCCCCACACACCACUGCAGGCGCCGCGUCGUCCAACGCGUCAACCCCCGGCCGCUCAUCGCACGCUGAGGAAAUGUCGCCGUCGCGCUCCGUGCCGGCCGGCGACAGCUGUCUGGUGGGCUACAUCCGCGUGAGCAGCAGCAGUGAGGGCGGCAGCAGCGACAAGGGCAGCGACUACGAGAGCGCCAGUGUGUCGCCUGUGUCCAAGGGCGGUGCUGGUCGUGAGCCUGAGGAGAUGGGUGGGCACUGGCUGAGGGACGGCGCCACGCAGACGGACGAGAGUGUGGUGGGCACGCACCCCCACGGCAAGCAGGGCGGCAAGAAGGCCCUGCGCGUGGCCGUGGACGCCAUCGACACCUCGCCCAAGGGGUCAGUCACUCAGUCAGUCAGUCAGGCACACACAAAGCGAACCACAUGUACGUCCAUCUGUCUGUCUGUCCAUUCAACGAACGAUCUGUGUGUGUCUUUGUUUCUCUUGAUUCGAUGCGAUGCGAUCAACAGGCCGUUGACAGAGUCGCCCCGCUACGACGGGCAGCACGGCCACACCCCGUCCACCGUGACCGACCCCACCUUCUCCACCUCAUGCCACUCGUCCCCCGCACACUCCACCAUCUCGCCAUCGGCAGCCAUGCGCCAAGCCAUCGGGGCGCCUGGUACCCCUCCACCCCCGCCCCCUCCCCCACCGCCCCCUCCGCCCCCCGUUGCUGCCUUCCCGGCCACUGCGUACGCCAAGACCCCCACGGCGGACCCUCGCGGACUGAUGGGGCCUGCACCGACCCCUCCACCCGCUGCUGGUGGUGGCGGUGUGGAGACGGCUGGCGCGUCGCCGCCCAAGCAGUACGCCCACCCUGCUGCUGCCGUGCCCGUCAUGCCACACGUGCCGGCGGCGUACCACGAGGCCAUGUACCGCGCCACGGCAACCGCUGCUGCAGGGGUGGGGGUGGCAGUGGGGGUGCGGCCUCCGACUCAGACUCACACACACGCUGUGUAUGGCGGGUACCAGCAGCCACACCCACACCCACAGCCCCACCCCCAGCCCCAGCCCCAGCAGGUCACGGCCUGGCCCCCCACGGCGGCACUGCGCGUGCAGGGGUACGGUGAUGCGGCGGCGGUGAUGGCGUGGGCGCCCCACGGCCUGCCCUACUACGCCGCCCCGCACCCCGAACACACACUGGUGCCCGUCUACCCCGCCAACGAGGCCUACACCGAAUAAGGGAGGGGAACACAGUGAUGCGAUCGAUCAAUGAAUGAAUGGUGUGUGAUGGGUGGAUGGAUGGAUGGAUGGAUCGUCGCAAGCGGCGAUGGUCCCUCCCGUGUCUGUCGUGUCUGUCGUGUCUGUGUGUUGUGUCUGCUGUGCCGUGAGUGCUGUGUCUGUGUUGUGCCUGACUGGCUCGACAUGGGCCACGCCAAUGUCGUCGUGUCAUGGUGUGGUGUGGUGAGAGACGGUCCGGUCCCUGUGGGUGGAGUCUUGUCAAUCAAUCGCCGGCUGGCCGGUCUCCGCUGUGUCUAAGGCGCGUGAUAGACAGACAGGCAAGGCGGGAUGGAUGAGCGAAGUGAGAGACCAUGUGUGUGUGUGUGUGUGUGUGUCUGCGGACGGAUGGAGGGAUGAGAGCUACUUGCUGUCUGUCUGCCUGUCUUUAUCUGUCUGUCUAUGGUGUUUUCACUAUCUGUCUGUCGGUGUGUCUGGUUUUUACAAUGGCCGAGUUGGCGUGCGGGUGGGUGGGAUGAUCGCAUUGAUAUGCGGUGUUGCCCGCAGGGAGGGAGGGAGAUUUCCCUUGAUGCCCAUGACCCUGAGUGAAUGAGUGAAUGAGUGCUGCAGUCACAAUGCGGCACAGCACACGACCGACACCCUAUCGCAUCGCACCGCAUCUAUCCAUCCAUCCAUCCACUCGGGCCCGAGUUUUCUUUGCCCUGGUAUGUCGAGUGUUUCGAGUGUGUGAGAGUGGAUGUCGGUCGGACUUCCGCCCGCCCUUUGUAAGGACUGGCUGCCUGGGUGGGGUGGGGUGUGGUGUGGUGUGAGCGCGCUGACUGACUGAAUGACUUCCUUGUGUUGCUGCUGUCCAUUUUGUAAUUAUAUUGUGUGUAUGUGUGUGUGUGUGUGUGUGUGUAACGACCCUUUUGUAAUUGCUAACAACUAGACAAGCAAGCCCCACAGGCGAUUGAUUCCGCAACACACGGUGGACGCUGCUGCAACGCUUUGGCUGGUUGGUUGGUCUUUUGUGUAUUGUGUCUUGUCGACGGACGGUGGUGCUACCUGGAGAGGGGGGGUGGGGGGUGGAUCGCCAUAUGGUCUUUUGUAAUACAAUCGCUAAUCGCACCGCUGGCUGACGCGCUGGGGGGGAGAGAUGACGCAUUGAUGUGACAGAGAGAGAGAGAGAGAGAGAGAGAGAAAGAGAGAGUGAGAGAGAGAGAAAGAGAGAGUGAGAGAGAUUGAUCGCAUGGGAGGGGUGGGGGCAUGGUUACGUAGCGAGGCCAAAGAAAAGGUAACUAAAAUCUUGCCUGGCUUUUUUUGAUCAAGGACCACGUCUCUCAUGACGAUACGAUCGAUGCUGACAUCCAGACAGACAGACAGACAUUGGAUGAGUGACUACUCUCUCUCUCCGGCGAACCAUGGAUGGGUGUGCCGUACCGAUGCGUCCAUGUGUGUGUGUCUUCAUGUCAUGUGUACGUCUUCGUGGCUCUGCAUGUCAUGUUUCUUCUUGCGUGUCUACUACCUACCUCCUUCCAUCACUCCCCCUGGACCGAUUCCGAAGAUUGAUUGAUUGGUUGAGUGAGGAGUGAGUCCGGUGCCUGCCAGCCGUCCGUGUGUGUGUGCAUGUGUGUGCGUGUGCGUGUGUGUGUGGCUGGUCGAUCGACCGACGGCCGACCUAUGGAUGGAUGGAAGGAACAAAGAAAAGCGGCCACCCCAAAGGAGGACUGUCCAAUGGCGGACAUCCAGGGAAGCUGCGGCAAGACAGACAGACAACAGGAGAUGAAUGGAUGGGUGAAUGAAUGGAUGGGUGAAUGGGAUGGAUGGAUGGAUGAGUCGACGCGGUCGGUACACAUGCAUACGUGCUUGCACAGCGUGGAGAGAUAGGCGAAUGGAACCACUCACUCACUGACUGACUACCUACUUACUGGCUGGCUGGCUGGCUCUUGACCAACCAACCGACCGACUGACUGACUGACUGACUCCAUGCCGAGGCUAGCUGCCCCUAUUGAUCCAUCCAUCCAUCCACUCACCCUGUGUAAGCCAUGCCGUGUGUUGUGCACAUGUGUGCAUGGGCAGAUUUUGCGUGCUGAGAGACAGACAGACAGACGGACCAACCGACCAACCGACGGACGGAAUUCGCCGCAUCCAUCCAGCCAUCCACUCAUUCGUGCUAUUCUCAUGACUCAUUGACUGACUGACUGACUUCCCGACAGCCAGAUUGAUUGAUUGAUUGAUCGAGGGUGCCGGGGUAGCUAGCUAACGUGCGGGCGUUGUUCCCACCCCUCCUUCCCUCUCACUCUCAGGUGAGAGGGACGUCUUUAAACGAACAAAUCAAAGGAAGGCCUCACUUGUUGGCCCACUGACAGACAACUGGCUGGUGUGUGUGCGUGUCCAUGUGUGUGUGCGUGUGGGUGUGCGUGAGCAUCUGUGUUCGUGUCUUUGUGCUGUGUAGCGUCGUGCCGUGUCGUGUUGUGCGGCCCUUUGUGGCCAGUCAGUCCAUUGCCGUGUAUGUCAGCCGUGCCAUGCCAUGCGAUGCCAUCGUCCAUCCACGAUGACCUUUCUUCUCCCUUCUCCCGCCUGACUGCCUGCCUCCCCGCCUGUCUGCCAGCUAUCUGUUUCUCAAAGGGAGGGCACUUGGGGACGGCGGGUGGGGGGCCGGGUGGUGUAGGUGGUGCAGAGGGGGGGGGGAGUGGGAGGUCGACGGGCUCGGCGAACCGGACUAAAAUGCUUGCUUACAUCUCUCGGGCCUGGCGCCUGCUGCCUUGCUGAGCUUCAUUCAUUGGCGGCUGGCUCCUUCCUUCCUCUAGAUCUACACGGCUGGCUGGCGACGGAUGGGUGUAUGGGUCUGUCUAUCUCUAUGGCGGGGCUGGGGCUGCGACGUCCAUGUAUCAUGCGUGGCGUGCGUUACUUACCAUCAUGCUUCUCAUCCAUUCUUUCUCGAGAAAGCGGACUCUUGGUGUCUUGACUGGAUCGGUGUCUUGAUUGGUGUGGUGUCCUUCCUGUAUUGCUCCUCGCUCACGUACUGUGUCACUCACUCACUCACUGACCGACUGACUGACUGGUGGCUAUUUCUCAUAAUAAAUACCUUCCAUCCAUUCAUGAUUCGAUCUUUGUCUCGAUCUCAAUCGAUCGUCGUCGACUUGUGGACCGACCGAAGCGAUCGACCUCUCGGGUAUGCUGUACAUAAUCCACAUGUAUGCGUAUGACUUACAUACGGACUUACAUAUGAUAUGUACACACCCAUGUCAUGCAUGUCCUGCCUGGCUUGCCUGCCUUGCCUUGCCUGCUUUGCUGCAUACGUCUGUCGUCUCUCCGGGGCCGCAUUCUAUAGGUCCUCAAAGGCCCACACAAACACGGGCGGGGGAGCAGACACACUAACUUACUUCACCUCAUGUCACCUACCUGUCCUGACCUCACUCCCUCUUAGACUAACUCCUGUCUGUCUGUCUAGCUGCUCCUCACUCACCUGCACACUUGCACACUUGCAUACUCACUCACUGCCUCUCUCUCUUGUCGUUCUUCUUGUAUGUCUGAUCGAAUAGCAUGCACACUUUGUCUCUUCCACUGGCUGGCUGAUGUCUGGAUGUCUGGCUGUCUUGACGACACGAGCGACCCAAGGGCGCAAUGGGCCGGCCUGGCCUGGCGGGCAGUGAAUUGCGAGAGGUGGCGUCCCGUCGUCUACCUCAUUUUUGGAUGUACACGGUCAAUGGACGGAAGUCUGGCGCAAAGAAGAAAUCUCUCGCCGGCCUGCCUGCCUGACUGCCUGCCUGCCUGCCUGGUCGUCGUCGUAUGAUCCCACUCUCUCUCCUGCAUGCUUGUCGAAGUGUCCUUCCGUCUGUCCGUCCGUCCGUCUGUCUGUCUGUGUCUUCUGUGGUGUGUGUCUGCGUGCGUGCGUGUCUCUCUUCUCGACACCAACCAAGUCUGUCUGUCUGUGUAUGACACCAAUCGAUCGUCACAGCUGGUGAACACGGCGGGUAUUUUUGACUCGUUAGUCCACUACUUGUAUAUGCUCAUACGCCUGAUCGAUGCGAUCGAUGCAUACGUGACUUGUACUUGCCAGCCAGUCGAUGCUAUGCCUGCCUGCAUGCUUGCCUGCUUGCUUGCUAGAUUCUCUCUCCUCUCCACCACACCACCGCGCCACCGCGGAGCUCCUUACUACUUGCUGCUGUGAUGGAUGGAUGGAUGGAUCGAUGAAAUCUUGCUACCUAGGGAGUUAGGGCAAUUCUAAAGAAACACAACCUUGCUUGCGCUCUUUUUGGUCACUCACUCAGUCACUCGCUAUGCGUCCGUCAGCCAACUACACACACACCAGAUGGAGGCUGGUGGUGCGGUGUGUUGUGUUGUGUUGUGAGGGCACGGAGAGCUGGCUGCCGGGGCCUGAUCUGGUCUGGUCUGCUCUGAUCCCCGUUCCAUCGUCCCUUCCUCCUUCCCUCUCUCUCUCUUGCGUGGCGUUUUUGCUGCGGUGCGGCUGGCUUGAUGGACGGAUGUGUGGAUGGAUCCCUUGGUGAGGGGUGGAGAUGCUUUGAAUGACGGAGACAGACAGUCCUGCUGUGUGUGGCGAGUGAGUGAUGCCUGCCUGCGUGUCUGCCUACCUACCUGCUUGUCUGUCUCGGUGUUCUCAGCUGUGAGUGAAGUCGUGGGGGCGAAAGGGUCUGCGUAGGGGAGGGAGGGGGGGGAGGGGGAAUUAAUGGCAUACUGGCUGGCUGAGUGACGUCGUGUAGCCAACGGGGAGGGGUGGUGGGUCGAUGGAUGGAUGGAUGGUGGGAAAAGCGGAUGGAAGAGAAGGCAAUGGAGUUCAUGUCAUCGACCCACCUACUCUGCUCUGCCUGUCUGCCUGGCUGUGUGGCUGGCUGGCUGGCUGCAUUGGUUGGUCGGUCGGUUGAGUGUUCACCUCACUUGAUGGCCGUCUGUGGCACAACUAACUACCAUGAUGCAUAUCAUAGCUAGCCCUGCUGACUGAACAGAGGGGAGAGGGAGGGCCAGGCAGGGGGACGUAACAACAGCAACACUGACUGCGCCCUCACUGCUGCCUCAGUCAUGCUGCAUGUGUGUGUGUGUGUGUGUGAUUGUUUCUUUUGUACCCUCUUUUUACAAUAACCAGCCAUCCACAAUCCUCUAGCCUGGCCUGGCCUGACCCGACCGACCCACAUGCCGUCCGCUGCGAGCGACACGAGUGAGUGGUUUUGCGUGCUUUCAUCAGUCCGUCAGACAGCCAGUCAGUGAAGCUAACUAACUCCUCUCGUCCCUGUCACCAUCCACCCACUCAUCCGGCCAUUUAUUCUCUCAUCCAGCCUUUUACGCUAUCCAUUCCAUUCAACCAUCUCCAGCUGCCCAACUGCCUGUAGACGUGCGUCGUUUGUUAAGUGAAUGACGUGACGUGUGUGAGGUGGCGGGUGCACCCACGGCUGCGCGGCAACAAGCUAGGCUGUUUUUCCAUAUAUACCAGGUGGUGCUGGUGGGCGGGGCGGGGCGGGAUGGAGGGGGAGUGUUGCGGAGCAGUCAGGCAGGCGGGCGGGCCAGCAUGGGUGGUCUGAAUCAUGGCUUGUGUGUGUGUGUGUCCUUUGCUGUUUUAUGGCGUCUUGGUUGGUUGGUGGCUGAUUGGGGAAGGUAGUCGAUGUGCUGCUGCGGCUGGUGCGGUGUGGGUGCUGAAGGAAUGGAUGGAUGGAUGGACCGGUGUCACACGUAAAUGCGUCCACACGCGAACUGACCAUGCUGUGUCCAUGCGAUGCCACGCCAUGCAUGCCAUGCGUGAGAGCUGCGAUCGAUGCGAAUUCGUCUCAAGGCGAGUAAUGCUGCUACAAACCCAUCCACCCACCCAUCCAUCCAUCCACCCACAUAAAUGCGCCCACCCCGCUGCCAUAGCCGGCCCAUCUACAC